AUUCAAAGUCAUGGAACAAGUCCUUGGAUUUUUACGAUUUGGGUGGCGAUUCUUUAGCAGCUGUGAGAGUAUGCACGAAGCUUGCUGAGACGCUUAGCUCUGAAGGUAGUGACAUGAAGAAUGGCGGAAGCUGGUCUAAAGUAGAAGACAAACACGAAAGAGCAAGUCCUCUUGUAGGAGUUCAAGAAGGCAGACACUUGCAAGACACUGUCUUUGCUGUUGCGAACCUGCUAAGUCGUCCGCGAUUGAAGGAUUAUGCUGCGUUUCUAGCGGCACAUGUGGGGGAUUUUGAGUCGAGAUUGAAUAUUUUUAACGGCGCCGCAACGUCAGGUAAGCCUAAAGCUGAGUCUACUGCCGGUUCCGGCAGCACUUUUAAAAAGCCUGAGACCCGGAAGGCAAGUGAUGCCAGUAUCCAAAAGCCAUUUACCUCACCCGGAGCAGACGAUGCGGGACCACGACCCGCGUCACUUCGCCUUGCUGAGAGACUAAUAAAAAAGGUUCGGAUGGGACCGCAUGACCUUGCACAAAACCUUCUACGAUAUCUGCUCAGAAAAACGGCUUUACAAGACGACACAACGUCGAGUGACAUCAAGAAAGAUCGUGAAGAAUAUAAUCAGUACAGAAAAAUCCUCUUACGGCUAGCUAUUGGGCGUGGACAAAUAGCCUUUGCGAGAACGAUACACGAGGCAUCAUCUGUACUAGAUGAUCGCUCCACGUCCAUAAGAACAUCUCCUCAAAAGCCUCUCGUUGAUACUUCCGAUUUUCUCCGUCGAUUGUUGAUUCUCACUCUGCAGAGGAACCCUGGUUCUUUGGAGAUGCUAAG